AGGUACAUCCUUUUUUGGAACGCCAGGGGAGGGAUAACUCAGUCCAGUUCUCCAUAUACAGUCAAUGGUUAAAACUUGUAAUGCUAGGGGUCAAAUAUCAGAUGUUGCUGAUAGUGGCAACCCAGCUGGUCCAAUCUGUGAAGGAUGUAUUUCUAGGCCAUGACUGUACAUGUUUGGGGAGGUAGUAUGGGGUAUGAGUCAUCCUGAAGUGCUGGUUUUAUAACAGGGAUGUUCAGGUAUUUGUGUGAGAACCUUCAUCCUCAUGAGUGCGGCUUUUCUGUCCAAAUUUGGGUGAGUCUUGGGUGGUGUAGACAUCUGUCUGUGAUGCAAGGAGUCAAAAAUCAGACAUCGGGGUGGUCUGCCACCCUGCCUGUUCCAACCAGUGAGCUUAGAGCUCAACACAACUUGGCUUCCCCUCAAUUUAAUGAAUCCUGUUGAAGGUCCACCUGCAGGAGCGUGUUUACAAGUUUGCUCCAAUGCUCCCCAAAAAUAGCCAUAAUUUAACCGGCGCCACCUGAACGUCCCCUCCUCCUCCUCCUCCUCUUCCUCCAACCCCGCCACAUGGUUAAGUGUAGAAACGAGGCGCCGCCGCCGCGAGAGCUGGAGAGGCAGACGGCAGGCACGCACGCACAGCACCGCGCCGGCUCGUCGCUGCUGCAGCCGGUGCAGCGGAGGAGGAGAUCCGCGGCUCGCUCUGCGUCCCUCGGCGGCGGAAUGGCUGGACACGGGACCGCAGGGGUUCGUCUCAUCCGUCGCCUGACGCGCCACGCAUCCCUGACCCGUCUGCGUGUCUGCGCGUCCGCCCGUCUCUAGAAUUGCUGCAGUGCUGCUUUUUUUUUUCUCCAGCUGUUGUGCGCGCGGAUGAGUGUGUGCGUGCGUGCGCGAGGGCGCGCAUGCAUGGCGGCGUAAAUUCUCUUAGGGAUCGUGGCGAAGCCGGGGAAGGGAGUCGGAUGUCACAUGUGCUUCAUCGGAGGAGACGGGGCAUCUGCGAGCUGGAUUGGCUGGAGGAUGCUGCGGCAAGUGAUUCACAGAGGACUCAAGGCUUCCUUCUACUGGCUGGGCUUGUUCGUUAGUAGGCACCCCGUUUUCUUCCUCACGGUCCCCGCAGUCCUCACCAUCAUCUUCGGAUCCACCGUGCUGAGCCGAUUCAAGCCGGAGCGGGACCUGGAGGUGCUGGUCGCCCCGACGCACAGCCUCGCCAAGAUCGAGCGGAGUCUCGCCAACAGCCUGUUUCCCAUUGACCGGUCGAAGCACAAGCUGUACUCGGAUUUGCACACCCCGGGCAGAUAUGGCAGGCUGAUCCUGCUGGCCAAGUCCGGGGGGAACAUCCUGGAGCUGGCCGACCAGGUCCUGCAGGUCCACAAGCAGGUGCUGGAGCUGCGCGUCAACUACAAGGGAUUCAACUACACCUUCGCGCACCUCUGCGUCCUGAGCCACAGGGACAAGCGCUGCCUGCUGGAUGAUAUCAUCACCAUCUUCGAGGACAUCAGGCAAGCGGUGCUCUCCAACAGCACUUUCCAUAAGGUGCCCCUGAGCUACCCCAACACCACGCUGAAGGAUGGCCGCGUGUCUUUCAUCGGACACCAGCUGGGCGGCGUGUCAUUCUCUCCCAACACUCGGGACCAGCAGGUCAAGUUUGCUCGGGCCGUCCAGAUCACCUACUACCUCCGAAACAAUGGACCUGCAAUGCAGGAUAUCAUCGGAGAGCGCUGGGAAAAUGAGUUCUGCGCCCUGGUUAGCAAGCUGUCUACAACGGGGGCACUUCAAACUCCCGACCAGCUCCACAUCCAGUCGCUCACCUCCUUCAGCUUGUGGCGGGACUUCCAUCAGACUGGUAUACUGGCCAAAGGAGAGGUGCUGGUCAGCUUGGUUUUGGUGCUCCUGGCCGCCACCAUCUCCAGCUCUAUGCGGGACUGUCUAAGAGGGAAGCCAUUCCUCGGCCUGUUGGGCGUGCUGACAAUUUGUAUUGCUAACGUGACGGCCGCGGGGAUCUUCUUCAUCUCGGAUGGAAAGUUCAACUCCACAUUGCUGGGAAUUCCUUUCUUUGCCAUGGGCCAUGGAACCAAAGGGGUAUUUGAGCUUCUGGCAGGCUGGAGAAGAACAAGAGAAAACCUGCCAUUCAAGGAGCGGGUGGCCGACGCAUUUGCGGAUGUGAUGGUGUGCUACACAAUGACCAGCUCGCUCUACAUCAUCACCUUCGGCAUGGGAGCCAGCCCUUUUACCAACAUUGAAUCUGUGAAGAUAUUUUGUCAGAGCAUGUGUGUGGCCAUCCUGGUCAACUACUUCUACGUUUUUUCCUUCUACGGCUCCUGCCUGGUGUUUGCUGGACAGCUUGAACAGAACCGAUACCACAGUGUUUUCUGUUGUAAGAUUCCCUCGGUAGAGUAUCUGGACCGCCAGCCCACGUGGUUUAAAACCAUGAUGAGUGAUGGCCACGACCUGUCCACUCACCACGACAGCGUUCCAUACCAGAAUCACUUUAUUCAACACUUCCUGCGUGAGCACUACACAGAAUGGAUUACCAACACCUACGUCAAACCGUUUGUGGUCAUUUUGUAUCUCAUCUAUGCCUCUUUCUCCUUCAUGGGAUGUUUACAAAUCAGCGAUGGAUCGAACAUUGUGAACCUGCUGGCUAGUAACUCACCAAGCGUUUCCUACGCUUUAACCCAACAGAAAUACUUCAGUAAUUAUAGUCCGGUUAUUGGAUUCUACAUUUACGAACCAAUAGAGUACUGGAACUCCACUGUGCAGGAGCACCUGAAGACUUUGAGCCAUGGCUUCAACAAAAUCUCUUGGAUGGACAACUUUUUCCACUACCUUCGGGUGGUGAACGUGAGCGCAUCAACCAAGAGCGACUUCAUCUCCAUCCUGAAGGGCUCUUUCUUGCGCAGCCCGGAAUACCAGCACUUCACGGACGACAUCAUAUUCUCAAAGAACCGCGAGACUAACGAAUAUGACAUAAUUGCCUCACGAAUGUACUUGGUAGCACGGACAACAGAAAAGAAGAGGGAGGAGGUGGUGGAGCUUUUAGAGAAGCUUCGCCCAUUGAUGCUAAUCAACAGCAUCAAGUUCAUUGCCUUCAAUCCCACAUUUGUUUUCAUGGACCGCUACAGCUCAUCCGUCAUCUCCCCUAUCUUGACCUCAGGCUUCAGUGUACUUACCAUUCUAAUACUCACAUUCUUCCUGGUUAUCAAUCCCCUUGGAAACUUCUGGCUCAUUCUCACUGUUACUUCCGUUGAGCUGGGAGUCUUGGGAUUGAUGACCCUCUGGAACGUCGGCAUGGACAGCAUCUCAAUCCUGUGCCUUAUCUAUACUCUCAACUUCGCCAUGGAUCACUGUGCACCGCACCUGUACACUUUUGUGUUGGCCACCGAGCACACCAGGACACAGUGCAUCAAGUUGGCACUGGAGGAGCAUGGGGCGGCCAUCCUACAGAACACCUCCUGCUUUGUGAUCGGGAUCAUGCCCCUGUUGUUUGUGCCUUCCAAUUUGACCUACACACUGUUCAAAUGCUCCCUGCUCACGGCAGGCUGCACCGUGCUGCACUGCUUCGUCAUCCUGCCCGUCUUCCUGACCUUCUUCCCGCCUUCCAAAAAGAGACAUAAGAAAAAAAAGCGGGCCAAGCGGAAAGAGCGGGAAAGGGAGAGAGAGCGGGAAAGGGAGCGCGAGCGUGAAAGGGAGGAGAUAGAGUGCAUUGAGGUUAGGGAGAAUCCUGAUCAUGUGACUAAUGUCUGAGUCAACUCAUCCUAUGGUCAUGGCCUAACAGGCGUUGGUCGACUAGAGGUACUUCCUGCUUUGGAGGCACCAGGGACUCUCUGAUGUUUCUUGGGAAGCGGUCACUCUUGCUCAAUAGCUGACCAGGGUAAAGCUUAGUCCCCCAGCUGUUUGGUAUAUACAAUAAACCUAGUUGCCAAGUCGUAUGCCUGCUAACUCCUUAGGGAAUUUUUAACACAUUUUACAUUUGUCUAAGUCAACGUCAACAACUCCUGAUUCGUGAGUUAGGGUUAAAGCAGACUUUUAGGCUAAUGUAAGCAAGGCUACGUCCACAUUAGUGCAUAUUUUUCACGUCUGUUAACCACUCUACCCUGACAAAUAAAGGUGGGAAUGCAGAAGAUCUGGUUGCAGUCAUAAAUCACUGCUGCAUCGCUAAAAAAGAGACUCCAGAAAAAGGUUACUUGACAUUCGUAUACAUAACAAUCCAUUCCCAAACAGCUACAGUUAUUUUGUGUACGUUUCAGCACACCCACCACCAACACACCAAUGGUGUUAAAGUGACACCUUGACUGGCAUCUAUCUUUUCUAAUUUUCAGUUCUUCUUAGCCAAAUUUAAGUUGUAACAGUGCUGAAGUACACAACAACUUCAAAAACGUACCAACGUUGUUUUUUUUAAACAACUGUUAAAUCAUUUCUAGAACUGCAGCUGUAUACUUAUCAAGGAAGCAAGCUCUUAUUAGAAGUGAGUCAGAUGUAUUCAAAAGUUUUCAAAGGCAACAUUUUAAAAAGCUAACACCAAAAAAAUCAAGGAGCUUUGUUUCCAAUGGAAUGUCUCAAAUGCACCAGUAUGGAUGUAGCCGUGGACGUGUUGACGAAAGCAAUUCGAUGCAUAGAAAUCCUCCAUGAGAUGAGGCAACUUCUCUCCUGUGCUGAUCUUAGCAAACGGUGGUGAAACCAAACUGCACGGGGAAGACGGAAGGCCAAAAGCACACCACGUCACGUUGAGUAACAUUAGAUGUAGCCGAGCAGCGGAGCAUAGCCGAUGGCACACACUAUGUCCAAAGUUUUGUAUUGCACAUUGCGUUGUAUGAUAGAGUUGUUGGAGUCCUUAUGCACUGACAGAGCAAACUGCACUGGGCUGCAGUAUAUGAAGAUGAGCCGAUUGUGAUACCCAUCAAUAUUCUAAAAAGGUCCAUAGCCUUAUUCUUGGAAUCUGACAAAAAAAAUCCUUAGCAGAUAGACAGAACCAAAUUGAAACAGUUGUUCUAGCGUGAAGAGAACUCAUCCUUCAGGCUAAAUUUUGGUGAGCACAUGAUUUCCUCAAUGGUCCUUAUUUCAAAAGGUUAUCGUCAUUGAAACGUAAAGGUUUGAAUGUGAUUCUGGGGAAAAACAGAAACCAAACAAGAUUUUUACCCAUGUUUUCUUAUGGUGAAGUCUUUAGCAUAUAUCACUAUUCAUCAGUGCUAGCUAAAGGGAAUUUUGUUAAAUGUUGCAUAAAUGUUUAAAGAUCCUUACAAUAAAAGCUCUAAAUUAGAUAUUGAGUCACAUUGUAAAGUUCACUGUUGUUGAAAUGUGUAAAAAAGUAAACAUCAAACACAAACCUAAAUGCCAACCCUGUACUAAAGCAUGAUCCUGUCUUAAAAACGCCUUUCCUUCAAAACAUAGUAUUUUUAUUCUUCAUUUUCUGUCAAAACUUACACUUUUAAAGUUAUUUAUCCAGUUAAAAGGAUUCCAAGAUCAUCAACUUUCUUUCUAAUUAUUGUUUUUGUUGUGCAUUGACUUUCCAAACACCAACUAGCCAUGUAGCAUGGCAUUUCAAAUCAAAGUGGAACACAACUGUCAGCUGGACUUUGUCCAUUUUGCUUUCAAAAACAAAAGAUUUUGAUACUCCUCUCUUGAGUUUCUGGCAUAUUAAAUUAGCCCCAAAGUUAACAUAAAAAUACAUAAGAAAAAUCAUGAUUAAUUCUUUGUAAAGUUGGCUAAAUAAACUAAGAACAGUGUUGUUUUGCACUAAAUCUUUUAUCAUUUGGGUGUCUGUUCACUUAUAUUUCUUAUGGUGCCACAUUUAGAAAGAACGUUUGGAAGCAGAGUUUGAGAAAAAAUAAUCCCAAAUACUUGUUAAGUUAUAUUCAACUUUUGACUCUUGUUUACUUUGGACUCAUGUUUUAAUUUUAAACUAUGGCAUGUUUGAAAAUGACUAGUUUUAUCAUUUAAUUGACAGCUUCUUUAGUGAUGUCUUGAAGGAUCUCAUGCUGGUUACAGCUUAGCUACAAUCUGCUGUGAGAUGGUAUUUCAUUUCCUCUGCUUGUAUAUUUCUUUGUUGUUCUUUCCAAGUUUAGCCAACACAGUUGUAUUGUUUCUCUGGUGCAAACUGUAGAUUCCAAAAACGUUUAACCCUUGUGGUUUCACUGGUGUCUGUGGCAGACAUGAAAUCCUGUCCACCUUCAUCCAAAUUUGUCAUGGGAUGGAUAACACAUCGUAUAAGGGUGGGGUCAUCUGGACCCAAUAAGAUAGCACAAGUUAGGGUGUAGGCAUGUCCUGAGUGUUUUAAUCUUGGACCACGGCUACUCAGCCCUGGUCUUGGACAUCUACCACCCUGCUUGUUUCACAGUUCUCCCUACACUGCUGAUUAUAUGACCUGGUCUCCUUAAACUGAUUGAUGGAACACAUGUGAUCCAGGUUAUCAGCAGCAAGAAGUUCAAGGAAAGCUGUAACGCAGGCAGGGUGUUAAGAACUAGUAAGGUAGCCCUGUUCUAGACCUGUAUAGAAACUUGACUCUAGGGAGCUAAGACUCAGACUGAGAAACAGACUUAAAUUUGUAGUUAUUGUGCUGGAGUUUAUCAGAAAGGAGAUUGACACAGUCUAGCAGGAGACCCAGCAUGGGGCUAGGGGAGAAUUUGAGAACAGCUAAUCCAAUAUGUUAAUCUGAUUCCAGAUGGGGAUAAUCCAAAAGCAGGUCAGGGAAUAAACGGAGUCCAAAACAACAAAGAACGAGAGAUAUUCUAACUUAGCACAGAAAAUUACAAGACUUUCUGGCAGAGUUGGGCAGCAUGAUUAGAGGCAAGAGAAGAGAACAGUUUAGUCCAAGACUGAGGAGACACAAUUGGUGUUAGCACUGGCUAUCAAAUCUCUAAUACUUAUUUUAUAAUUAUUGUUUUUUAAGCUAUCUCUGAAAUAAUGUGGUGUCCAGAUGAUCAGAAUCUGACACCACCUGAUCAAGGUACUCAGCAAUCACUAGAGCGACAUUACCUCAAAAGACAGUAGAGACCAGAAAUGGGGUCUAUAAAAACACCCAAAAGUUAGUUCGGUGAUGUAUGAAUUGGCAUAUUUUUUGACUAACCAACCCUGCUCCUAACCCUUGGAAUCAAUGUUUCUUACAAAUGUGGCUCCAACAAAAAGGGGAAUAGACUUUUUAGUGCCAUAAAAAUGGUUGUUAAGAAUCAUUGCAACAAUAAUGAACAAUGGUUCCUUGUUCAAAAAUGCACGAGGGACUUGAACAUUGACUGGCUGUCAAUAACCUUCCUUUUGUCAGUAGCAUUGGACAUGCAGGCUGUUACUACCACCUGCAGGUUCUUAGCUGAUCACAAGAAUGUAGCAUCUGAGUGUUCUUUAAAUAUGCCUCUUUGCCAUUGGUUUGAUCAAAGACGUACAAAAUGGCUACUUUGUCCCCUGAGGGUAAACAGUGUUAUCUUUGUCUGCCUUGAACCGAUAAGAAUCUCUGUUGCAGUCGGACAACAAACACAUUCAAGGUCAGCAGCCUUGACGGAUACCAAUCUCCCACUGACCUCUGGCUGGCAGGUCUUAGCCGGUGGCUCGUGAUAGAGAGGCCCCACACGUGAGCAGAUAUGGCUGAUUACAGAGCAGUCAAUACCUUCUUAGGAAGAGCGACUGGGUCCAACAGAGCUGUCACGAGGGAAUGUCUCUGUCUUUUUCUUUGUGCUCCGACCCAGAAAAUGAAAAGCUCUCAAACAGAGCAAAUAACAGCUCUGCUGGAUUGGUGAUUGAAAUGUUCACACUGGGGAAAAAAAGCAUUUGUGUGAAAUAUGUGUCGAUGUCUGAAAGUGCAAAUUUUGUGUAAUUGUUCACUAAAUAUCAAAAUGCUACUUAGCCUUCUUGUGCAUUGAUAAGAAAUACUAGACGAAAUUUGGACCAUGAUUGCAUUCUGUAAAAUUGCUUUUGUCAAUUAAAAGUUGCCCUACAACGAGUUUAGAAGUUUCUACAGCUAUUUCCUGCAGCUGCUCAUAAUGUAAAGCCAUGUAUGUAUAGUGAGAAGGCAUGAAAUGUUUGACUAAUGAUGAAAAAAUGCAAAUCUUAAAACAAUUUACUUCCCUAAAAAAAUACGGACUGUGUUUGCAUGGCACUGUACUGUAUGUAUGCAUGUAUUUAAUUUCUCUGUAUGAAAUCUACCUAUUUUUUUACCACUUUUCUUAGCUUUGGAGGCUUUCAACACAUACUCUGUAACGUGCUGCGAGAAGAUACAAGUGUCACGUUUGUUUCCGAACAAAAAGCCAGAGGAUAUCCCAUGUGUAAAAUACCUGUAAAUAUUUAUUUUCUAUAUUUUUUAAGAAAAAUGUGUAAUAUAAAAAAGAUUUUUAAUGAGAGAAUUUUCUUUAAAAGAAAAAACGGAUUGGGGGCGGGGAAGUUGAUCUAAGUAGGCCAGUAAUAAACUGUGGAAUGUUACCAAUAUA